CAAUGAGAAGACGCGACUUACUAGAGUACGUGCCUGUAUGUUAGUGAGAUGUCACGAAGCUUCAUUUCCUAUUUCCUACUUGCCGCAGGUAUCACAUCCUUCCUGGUGCGGCCGGCUUCCCCUCUUGACCCUCGGACCGCGAGGGGUACGGUAACUGACAUACAGCAGCAUCCUUAUCAAUUGAGCCUCCAGCGAGGUUUACGGCACAUUUGCGGAGCCGUCAUUAUCAGUAAUAAAUGGGUUGUCACGGCGGCUCAUUGCGUUGGUUCGCCAGCGAGCGCUUACGGACUCCGCGCAGGAAGUAACGACAAAUAUGAUGGGGGCGUCUAUUAUCCAGUUAAAAAGAUCGUUCGACACCCAGCCUACAAUUUCCUGACGAUCGAUUACGACAUCGCCCUUCUCGAGAUCGACGGCGAAAUCACAUUUAACGAUAGGGCGCAGCCAGUGAAGCUGCCGAAAAGGGAGCUCGAGGGUGGCGUUAUGGUGAACGUUACCGGAUGGGGCGCGGCGGAGAUGGGUGGAAAACUGUCACCAGUGCUAAUGAAAGUGUCGCUUCCGAUCGUAAGCAGAAAAACGUGCCAAAACAUAUACAAACGCUUCCGCAGCAUCACCGAUCGAAUGAUCUGCGCGGGUUACAUGCAGGGCGGCCAGGACGCGUGCGAUGGCGAUUCGGGCGGACCCCUUACGGCGGAUGGCGUCCUUUAUGGAAUCGUAUCCUGGGGAUACCAAUGCGCUGAACCGUUUCAUCCCGGUGUUUACACCAAUGUUGCGGAUCUCCUCUGGUGGAUAAAAUGGAUCAGCCAUAUUUAACCUUUGCCGAUUACGAACGGUACAACGAAUCGAUAGAUACCAAAGGAGACGAGUGACAUUUACGUGAGACAGACGUAAGAUCUUGACGCGCAAGAUUGUGCCGUAAUGCAUUUUAUGUAUUAUUACUGAAUUAAUGCAAACGAGAUCGUGAGUUUCGGUGAGUUAGCGCAACAAAUAAUUUUAGAAAAACAUAAUAAACGAUGCAAAAUCGUGUAUCCAUUAAUAUUAAAAAGUAAAUAUAUUUUUAAAAAUAAUAUAAUAAAAGAAAUAAAGCGCUGAUAUCAGCAGUGAGUUAUUAUAAAUACUCGCGCUACAAUGUUUUAAUUGGACGACACAAAAACAAAGAUAUUGUUAAAAAUUA